CAUGGGCCAAAUUUUAUUGUUUUUUUAUUUCUAUUCUUUUUAAGAAUAUUUUAACUCAUCUUCCAUUCUUCUUGACUCUUUGCAUCAACACCAAGAGUCUCCGACCACAAUCCAUAAUUCAUUCCAAAAUGGUUUGCUUGUUUUGCUUAUUGCCCCUUUUCCUCGUUCCGAUCGUCAACAUAUUGCCUAUCCUCUUCUAUUAUGUCAAGGGAAAAGUAUAUGGGCUUUUCGGCUGGGAAUACAAGAAACCAGAGAGGGUCCCUCCAGCAUGUCCUUACAAGCCUGCAGCCAAAAGGGACAGUGAACAGGUCGAAGUAGAAGCUGUACGGGCUCCAGUAGAACCUGUUAAAGCUGGAGAUGUAGAUGUUAAGCAGGACUAACAUGGAGUAGCCAUAAAGGUUAAGAAUAGGUAAAAAGCAUGAUCCCGUUAAAUGGUUUAUGUAUAUAGCUUUUAUUACCUCUUUGUUAUUAUUAUAAAAAUAUAAUGCAUGGGCUGAGAUAGUUUGUAAGUUGGCAACUUAACAUAAAGAUAAUAGUCCAAAGUUUUCUGGCUAGAAAAUAAAAGAUUAUUCUAUUCUCGUAUAAAGUCAAUUAUAAGUA